AUGGCUUCGUCUUCUUCUUUUUCAAGUUCUUCCUGGACUUACGACGUGUUCUUGAGUUUCAGAGGCCAAGACACCCGUCAUGGUUUCACUUCUCGUCUUUAUGACGCUCUAAGACGGUCAGGAAUCCAUUCUUUCAUGGAUGAUCCAGGGAUUGAGAGGGGAGAGAAGAUCUUUGGCUCGAUAUUGCAAGCAAUUGAAAGAUCAGGAAUUGCGUUGCCAAUUUUCACUCCAGAUUAUGCUUCUUCCCGUUAUUGCCUGGAUGAACUAGUGAAAAUAAUGGAGUGUCAAAGAACUCAAGCUCAGGUGGUCAUCCCCGUAUUCCAUGACGUGGAGCCGUCAGAUGUUCGUAAUCAGAGAGGCAGAUACGGCGAAGCAAUGGAACGACGCGAGCAAAGGUUGGGACGGGGCAGUGAUCGGGUGAUGCAGUGGAGUCAGGCACUUACCCAAGCUGCCAACAUUUCCGGCUUUAAUUCCUCGCCAAAUCGGUAA